AUGCGCUUCCCCGAUUUCCCAACCAUCAUCAGAACAUUCUACACUCUCAGCAACUACUCUGCCCGCCACUCCACACCAUACAAAGUCCUACAACCCUUCACAAGAGGAACAAUACUGAAGUCAAUGCCAACAAUCCCCUUUCUAUCAAGUUUCUUUAGUACCAGCAGCCCAAGCAAGAUGUCUUACCCCCUCCAGAAGUCCGACGAUGAAUGGCAAGCUGUUCUCUCAAAAGAACAAUUCCGCGUCCUCCGCCAACAAGGAACCGAAGCCCCCUUCACCGGCAAAUACGACAAGCACAUGCCCUCAACCGGAGUCUACGCCUGCGCUGCCUGCGACGCCCCACUCUACAAAGCCUCCCACAAAUUCAAGUCCGGAUGCGGAUGGCCUGCAUACUUUGACAACAUCCCCGGUGCGGUGACAAGACAUACGGAUUCGACAUUGGGCAUGACGCGCACGGAGAUUGUGUGCAGUAACUGUGGAGGCCACCUGGGACAUGUGUUUAAAGGGGAGGGAUAUGCUACGCCUACUGAUGAGAGGCAUUGUGUUAAUAGUGUUAGUAUGAAGUUUGAUCCGGAGGAUAAGGUAGUUGAUAAGGCGAUGGAAGGGAAAGAGAGUAAGGCUUAG